CCGUCUCCACUGAUUUUUCUCCUCUCUUUAUUACUUUUCUUUUACUUUACUUCUGAUCGAUGAUCAAUUAAGCUCCAUCUCACCUUCUAAACACAUCUCCUUUCUUUCUCUUUUUCUUUCUCUUUGUCCGUGCUUCUUCUAGGGCUCGCUACUGGGAUCGACGACCUGUUCAGCGCUCAUAUAUACAGGAUCUCGUGCAGCAUCCUUCUUCAUGCUGGAGAAACAGCCAAGGCUGCCGGUCCGGCAGCUAGUUAUUCUCUCGAUAUGUCGCUUUGCUGAACCUGCCGGAGAUGAUCGAAUAUGUCGGCGUUCCCAAAGAUGAGGUUGCAAAAUGGGUCGGAAUUUCCUCUGCCGUCACGUCCAUAAGCCAGGCGGUCAUGGCAGUCACUUGGGGUACUGCUUCGGACCAUAUGGGUCGUAAGCCCAUCAUUCUGUUGGGGCUUACCUGCACCAUGAUUUUCUCUUUGCUAUUUGGCGUCUCGCAAACCCUAAGCAUGAUAGUGAUCACCCGCGCGUUUCUCGGGCUUAUGAACGGUAACGUUGGCAUCAUUCGUACGAUGGUGGCCGAAAUGGUCCCAGAGAAGGAGCUGCAGCCUCGCGCCUUUAGUGUUAUGCCUCUAGUAUGGACUAUUGGGACCAUUUUUGGCCCUGCUUUUGGCGGUGCUCUAGCACGCCCAGCGGAGAAGCAUCCGGAAAUUUUUGGUGACUCGGAGUUCUUCAAGAGGAACCCUUUCAUCCUGCCUAAUCUAGCGUCUGCGUUCCUCUUUAUCAUUGGAAUCGCGACAGGCUUCUUGUUCCUCCACGAAACGCUGGCAACAAGGAAGGACCGCCGCGACUACGGCUUAGUAUUAGGUAGCAUGCUAGCAAGUUCUUGCACUUCACGGGAAAGGAAAGAACGAUAUAUUGUGCAGGACACCGAGACUACCCCUUUGCUGGGUGAAACCCCAUCUCAGCAGAAGAAAGCUCCAGCCAAAAGACCCAGUUGGAAGGAGGUUUUCUCGCCGCAAUCCAGACUGGUACUCAUAGCAUAUGCCUUGCUGUCGCUGCAUACGAUGGCCUUCGACUCACUACUGCCGGUGUUCUUGCACACUCCUGCCCAACAGAUACAUGACAACCCAGAUGUACACCUGCCAUUCAAAUUCAUAGGAGGAUUUGGUGUCGACUCCCAGACCAUCGGCAUGUAUUAUACCCUGAUUGGAAUCAUUGGGAUGGUUUUACAAUUUAUUGUCUUCCCAAUGGCCGCCAAACGAUUCGGUGUGCUCAACUGCUUGAAGGGCGUGGUGCUUGUCUUUCCUAUGAUUUACUUUGUGACACCGUUCACCUCUCUUGUCCCGGAGUCUUUGCGCCACUUAACCGUCUUUUUCCUCAUGCUCUCAAAGCUCUCUGCUUCCAUCUUUGGAUUCCCUUGCAUCACGAUCCUACUUACCAACUCUGCGACUAGCUUAACUGUGCUUGGGACUCUGAAUGGUGUUGCUACGAGUGUCAGUGCUGUUGGACGAGCCGCCGGGCCAGCCAUCUGCGGAGCCGCGUUCUCGUUCGGAGUGAAGAAAGGCUACAUCAUCUUCCCAUGGUGGACGCUCACGAUAUUCGGUAUCUUGAGCGCUAUCCCCAUAUACUGGACCGUGGAGACGGAUGGGUUCCAGGGCAACGGCGUGGUUGAAGAGGACGAAGAACCUCAAGAGACCGAGUACGGGGCAGCAGAUCAACGUCGGUCUCCUGAGAGCAGGGCUUGCCACUAAUCAACUUUAUACCGUAUCAAAAGUUGUACAAAAGUCCACGACAAUUGUCUCCGUCGCCUCCAUGCAUACCAAACAAGAAUGACCCGCCUGACAAUGCUGUAACCUAAGCUUAAUAAUCACCGCUCGUUGCGGAGACAGGAUCCCACGAACGCUGAUAAAGAAGUGAUGAUCAUGAACAAAAGUUAUGCCAGCGAUAGCCAUUUAAAUGAAUGAUAGUCAAAUAUGCUCAGUCGGUGAAAUUGCAAACCCACCUAGUUGUCUCAUCAAUAUAAUAUACAAGUGGAGUACUCCAGCUGUCUCCAUGAAAUACCGAGCGCCGAGCUCCCCAUUGACCAAUCAUGACGACGACAAACGGAGCCUGUUCCCUU